AAAUAGUUCGACUCGACCCGGGAAAAAAAAAAAAGAGAGACUUGAGCAGAUGAGGCGACCUAAAAGGUUUUUCGGACGGACAAGCAAAAAAGAGGCUUUUCGGCAGGAGGAAAAAUCGCAAGUUAGAGCACCUCGUGGGAUCCGUGAGUGCGGUGGAGCGGCGCGUGGGCCCGUAAUUUUUCUUUGGUUCUCUUUUUUUUUUCCUGCCAACAAGUUUUUUUUUAUUUAUUUUAAUUUCUUUCCCCUUUCCCCUCUGGAGAAAUGAGUAGAAGGUAAUUGAGGAACAAAAAAAAUGAAAAUAAAAGAUAAUAAAAAUAAAAAUAAAAAUAAAAAUAAAAAUAAAAAUAAAGUAACAAAAGGAUGAGAAAGGUAAUGAAUGGUAAUAUCGUAAGAAGGGGGGG